UAAUACGUGUAUUUAUGUAUGGUCAACUCACUCCAAUCCCCUCACUCCAAUCCCUUCCCCCCAAAAAACUUGAAAAUGACAGGACGGGGUUUAUGAAUUCUGUAACGUAUCGGGGUGGGGGUGGGGUCCGAUCUUAGUCUGUCACACUGAGAUCCCAACAGCAACGAUGUUUUGUUUCUACUAAAUAACCCGUCUUGUCAAUAUAUACAGAUAGAGCCGCUAAGCAUAUUUACAGAGCAUACUAAACAUAAAUAUACAGGGGGAUAUACAACCUACAACCUAUUUCUUACUACAGACUAAUCAAAAUAGAACGAGAGCAUGGUAUUUACAACAUAACAAAUGUAUACUAUGAGAACUACGUUAUACACAAUAUUGGACUAAACCCCAUGUUCCCACCCAACUGAGCUCUCAAACACGGCUACAGCCUUCAAAAAUGCCUGGCAUAUGUCAUGCUUGGCCCCCGGCACCGACCACGGACUAUGCACCCAGUACGAUAGCUUGUUACACAGUGCUUUACCACACUGCUAUACCCUACAGUGAUACAUGUAGCCAGCCAAUGCAUGGAGAGGGAGGGGAGGUUGUUGGACGAGUCCAAGGACCCCUGAAGUCGGGAAAGUUAGCAUAGUUAAAGGAAAUAUUGGGAAAUGUUUACAUAAUAAAGUUAAGCAACACUGAUGUACCACAACAGUUUUUGAUAUGGAGAGAAUAUUUGUUCAGUUGUGUCUACUGCUGCUUAUGUUCAGUACUGAGGUUAGUAAAUCAGACUCGCCUCAUCAACCAAAGGAAGUACUGGUGAUUGGUGGAGGGAUCUCUGGACUAGCUGCGGCCAGGAAACUGGUCAACCAUCUUUCACAGCUGUAUGAUGUUACAGUCCUGGAAGCUAGAAAAGAACGAUAUGGUGGCCGUGUGUGGACAAGCAGGAAACUUUUCAAGAAACCUAUUGGUGCAGAGACUGACCUUGGUGCCACCUGGAUCAAUUCUAAGGAGAAGGAUAACCCUAUCUUAGCCAUUACAAGGAAAGGAGAGAUAGAGACUAAAACAUCGGGUCCUAUCCAGCUUCAUGUUCCAGAGGCUGGCAAGAUUUUCACGGGUGAUGAGGCCAACAAAAUAUUCACAGAAGUUUUCUCUAUGAUGCAGUCUGCAGUAGACAGAGUAAAAGCCACUGGUAUAGAUGUCCCCCUACAGAAGGCUGUUGAGGACGAGAUCACACGUCACACAUUCCAGGGUGACCGUGCCAUCAUCACGAGUAUUCUACGUAAUCAUCAGGCUGUCACCAAGGCAGAUUACUCUGCCAUGUUCUUUGACCCAGUAAAACUAUUUGGCUGGAAUACGGUCGUGGUGGAUGGAUUUGACCAAGUUCUAGAUGCGUAAGAUUUAUUAUCCUGAGAAGGUCCAACCAUAUGUGUAAUUAUUUUUUCUGGGUUAUCCAAAACUUUAGAUGGCCACCAUGAUCAGCAUUUUGAAAAACACAUUUCAGACUUCUCUACCAGGAUUUAGCUGAAACCUGCCAGGAAUGCUCCUGAGACAUUUUUGACCAAGAGUUUUUAAUUUUCCAGGUCAAUUCAAAAUCCAAGAUGGUCGCUACAUG